CCAGACGUAGAACCUCUCCCUAUAUAUUCCACAUGUACUGAGGUUGCCCAGCUCCACCAGGGCCCGCUAUCCACAGGAACCUUUCACAGCAGCCAAUACCUGCAGGGCAACAAAGAAUCAAAUGAGAGCGAGACAAGCUGGGAACGGAGUCCUGGUUGCCAGAUGGGAGCUUGAAAACACAGUAAGAUGAGUCAAAAAGUGGUCAAGGAGGGCCCCAGGCUCUCCAAGAACCAGAAGUUCUCAGAGCACUUCAGCAUCCACUGCUGCCCACCCUUCACCUUCCUCAACUCCAAGCGUGAGAUCGUGGACCGCAAGUACAGCAUCUGCAAGAGCGGUUGCUUCUAUCAGAAGAGGGAGGAGGACUGGAUCUGCUGUGCCUGCCAGAAGACCAGCCGCCGUGCCACAUCCCCUCAGAGGCCCAAGCACCAGCCAGCUGCAUCCCCUGUGGUGGUCAGAGCGCCGCCAGCCAAGCCAAAGUCCCCUCCGAGGCCAGCCAAGCCAAGGUCCCCUCCGAUUCCAGCCAAGCCAAGGUCCCCUUCAAGGACUGAGCGCCAGCCGCGUCCCCGCCCAGAGGUCCGACCACCACCAGCCAAGCAGAAGCCCCCUCAGAAGUCUAAACAGCCAGCACGAAGCAGCCCCCUCAGAGGGCCAGGCACCAGCCGCGGGGGGUCUCCCACCAGACCUUCUAGGUUCUGGUAACACCAUCUCUUGCCUUUUGUCCCCCUCUAGCCUAAGGUCAGUAGCUGCUCUCUGCAAGUACUAACAUGGGGGAUCUCUCCACAGUACCAAGCCUGUGUAAUCUACUCCCUGCAUUAAACCCCCUCUGUUUGAAAGA